AUGCCAGCAUCCGAGGCUACACGGAUCAGGAUGUGGGGUCCAUAUCCUGCUCUUGUAAAACGCGCGCACGAAGAUGUGACAACCGGAAAAGCCUGGAUUUUACACGAAGAGAGUCAUUUGAAGAAACUGGUCCACUACGAGACGAAGAAUUAUCGGUUUGAGGCAGUGGACAUUUGGCUAGACGAAGACUCCUCUCCGAUUUCUGGGUAUACGUUUGUGUGGAACGGACGUGAUGAAGACCUUCAUAAUGGGGCUUUUGACAUGUCGAGGUUUGGCUAA